AUGAUUGAUGUCGAUAAUGAGUCGGGGCAUUCAAAUUCAAAGCGAGCCGUCGGUAAUUCUUUUUUGCUUCACCCUCGGCUCCGUGUGAACAACGUUGAUCAUUCCUCGCAGCGAGUGGACAUCGUGCUGGAGAAAGCGGUCAAAGUUGUCUUUGAUGACUUUGAAGUUCGAUAUCUGACCGAUGUCGAUGAACAGCUGGAGAGGGGUGGAAGAAGAGACGACGAAGACGAAGACGCACCUCAGGAAACUUUCUCAGAAUUCCAUCAGAUUCCGCUGGCUGGCGAACGAAGCUUGAUCUCAAAGUUGUUGGCCGUCAAUUCGGUCGCUCAUCGCCUUUAA